AUGAGAAUCCUUCCCACGCUGUGGCUCGCGGCCACCGCAUUAGCCACUAAUUUCAAUCAGCCAGUCCUCUGGGAGGAUCUAGCUGAUGUGGACAUUUUUCGCGUGAACGACACCUUUUACUACUCCGCAUCAACCAUGCAUUAUUCCCCUGGAGCACCCAUUCUUCACUCCUAUGACCUAGUAAACUGGGAGUUUAUUGGCCAUUCAGUCCCAAACCUCGACUGGGGUAACAUCUAUAACUUAGAUGGAGGCCAGGCAUACGUCAAAGGUAUAUGGGCAUCGACGUUGAGAUAUCGCAAGAGCAACGGAAUGUGGUAUUGGAUCGGCUGUAUCCAAUUUUCCACAACAUAUGUGUUCACGUCUCCUUCUGCGACAGGUCCAUGGAAACAAAGUGGUGUAAUCGACACAUGCUACUACGACUGCAGCUUGCUCAUUGAUGAUGAUGAUACGAUGUAUGUGGCUUAUGGUUCGACGCAGAUAUCGGUUGCUCAGCUUUCGUCCGACGGUCUUAGUCAGGUUAAGACACAGCAAGUGUUCAAAUCGAGUUUUAGUAUUGAGGGAUCACGUUUCUACAAGAGAAAUGGACAAUACUACAUCCUUAAUGAUCAGCCUGCCAACGCUGAAUAUGUCCUUAAAUCCAGCAGUCCUUGGGGUCCAUACACCCAGAAACAGCUACUGAAUAAUAUUGCAACUCCUAUCUCCGGAGGAGGGAUUCCUCAUCAGGGAGGAAUCGUUGAUACCCCGAAUGGCGACUGGUACUAUAUGGCCUUUGUUGACAGCUAUCCCGGAGGACGCGUACCUGUUCUAGCCCCGAUAACCUGGGGCUCAGAUGGAUUCCCUGUCAUUACAACUGUGAAUGGGGGCUGGGGAACUUCAUAUCCAUACCCCUUAACACCUCAUACACUAUCUUCUCCCUCAGGCAAAGAUACCUUUCAGGGAACCUCACUCGGUCCACAAUGGGAAUGGAACCACAACCCAGAUCCAAACUAUUACAGUGUGAACAACGGCCUCACAUUACGAACUGCCAAAGUCACAAAUGACCUCUACGCUGCCCGGAACACAUUGACGCAUCGUAUUCUCGGACCCCAAUCAUACGCAACUAUUGAACUCACAAUAAAUAACAUGAAACCCGGAGAUCGCAGUGGGCUUGCUAUGCUCCGCGACUCAUCUGCCUAUGUUGCCGUCAUAAAUAACAGUGGCACUCUCCGUGUGAGCAUGGUACAGGGACUUACCAUGGAUUCCAACUGGAAUACUGCCUCAACUGGUAGCGAAGUCGCUGGUAUUAAUUUACCGAGUGGUACUUCCAAGAUUUGGCUUCGGGCCUUUGCAGAUAUUCACCCUGGCAGUGGUCGAACGGCGGCGUUUUACUAUAGUACGGAUGGCACGACUUUCCAUACCAUUGGUUCACCUUAUGUCUUAAAUAAUGCGUGGAACUUUUUCAUGGGCUAUCGCUACGCAAUCUUUAACUAUGCCACUUCAUCGCUUGGAGGGAGUGCGGUGGUGAAUUCGUUUGAUAUGGAAAGCGGUUCACCUCAAUGAUAGUUAGACUUCACAUGAAAUCAAGUUUGUAUCUAGCUCGUUUAUUACUACCAUCAUGGCAAUAUACUUAAUGAAUAUGUUCUUGCAUGG